AAACUUUCUUAAGUUCGACACUAAAAUGCUUUGAUAAAACUUACUAUUUAGCAUCAAUAAAUCCCGUUUUCGACGGGCUUUCAUCUGGUAUAAAAUUCAUUACUUACCCUAUUCGCAAUUAUAGCGUAAUUAUAGCGCAAUUAUUCGUAUUAUAGCGAUAAUUUUUUCCAUGGAAUUACAGAUGUCUAUGUUUUGUGAAAGGAACAUUGCAAAGGUUUUGGAAAGGUUUUAUUAUGAAGAGAAUACUCUGCUUUAUCAGAUUAUGUAUGAGCAAAAAUUCUUGAAGAUAGUAGAAAGGGAGUAAACUUUAUAAAACCAAAAAAUAUUUAAUAUUUUCAGUUUCAUGGCCAAAGAUUUACAACAGUUAAUGACUUUUUUCCCGAAAGACGAUAGAAAACUGCGAUUAAUCCUAUUUUAUAGCCCAUACCAUCUUCUACAUAUCUGUGAAACUGAAAGUCAAAACUUUUUUCAAAAAGAGAGGAAAUGGUCACUCCUCAAAAACUUGAAUGUAUGUUUAGUACGUGCCAUUCUUGAAACUACUGUCGAAAUUUGGAAGAAUCAGACUGUUUUUGUAUAUGAGCGAGCAAUUAUAAACAAAUCUGUUUAGUUUAAAUAAGGUCGAAUCUAAAAAUCAAAAAUCUUUCUUUAGUGGAUUUAUCUGAUGAACAAAACAGUCCAGCAAUGAUCAAGAUAUUUGAUGAUUGUGAUACAAUUUCGAACCCUGUUUGUGAAAAUCGUUUGUGCGGUCGCAAUGAAUUUUCAUGUGGAUCUUCUCAAUGUAUUUCAUGGUUAAACAGUGAACAUUGUAACAAUUUUCGUGAUAUCUAUUAUCAAUGUGAAAUUAAUACAUUGAGUACAACUUCAGUAGGAAAUUGUGUAAAUUCAACUUUAACAUCCGAUCAACAAAUCAAAGAUGCAGAUAAGUGUACUAAAAGUAUUCGUGAUUCAAUGUUACAUAUUAAUAAUAGCAUAAGUCGUUUUGAUGAUCAUUAUAAAGACAAACAACUUAUUCACUUUCCGACGGAUAAUUUACAUGUAUCAUACAUAAAGACCGCAUAUCACCAACAUGAACUUCGCAAAUACUUUACUGAUAAUGAUAGAACAUCUUUUCGAUCGUAUUCUUAUUGUUUAAAUGGUUCCUUGAUGUGUAAUGAAAAAAUCGUUUCGCUAUCCAAUGGCACGUGUUUCCUCAUUAGAGAACUUCAAGCGUAUGCUUAUCCGCCAUUUUCAUUUCUGUUUUGUAAUGCUUCAUUAAACUCGACAGAUACAACAUUAUUGCAAUCAAAUACUACAUAUAGAUGUUUAAAAACCAAUGAGCAAAUUGCACGCAGUCGUAUCAAUGAUGGACAGUAUGAUUGUUUAUUUAAAGAUGAUGAAUCAAAUCCGAUGAUGAACGUUAGUGAACGUUAUCGGUACAAUUGUUCAGAUAAACAAUAUAUUAGCUAUCAACAAUUAGGGGAUGACUAUAUAGUUUUUAGUGUCGUACAUCCAGUGUUGGCUCACGACUUCUUUGUACUAUCAUGA